UUAUCGUUAAACAUGCAAUCCGAAAUUGAUUUAUUGAAACAAGAGAACACUAGACUUAUGGCUAGAAUUGCAGAAUUAGAACAGAUCGCGAAGGAAAAAAAUGAGCUUGAGAAUAUUGAAAAGCAAAAUCGAACAGUUACUAAUGAUUUAGCUCUACAAGCCCUGCUUUCGCGGAUAUCUCCGGAAUAUUCCACUCCAUUACCUAACAAGAGUUGCUCAAAUGGUGAAAAUGCGCAGAUUAAAGAUUCUUCAGAACAGGAUCAGGACCUAUCUUUAGUUAAUCAGGAUGCUUCAACGGGAUCUAAAAAGACAAUAACAUCCUUAUCAUUAUAUGAUACGAAAACUGUGACAAAAUAUCACGAUCUUAACAAUUCUGAUACCACCUCCGAAAUACUUGAAUCAGACAAUCAAAUCGUAGAAGGUUUAAUACAAGAGAUGACCUAUGAUCAAGCAGAAAAUAUUGUUUCUUCCGAAAUCAAUCAUUUAUAUUCAAAUAAUGAUGAGGAUAUGGCUCCGG